CCGACGUGUAAUGACUUACAUGAGUCGUCGGAAAUUUUAAACUGAGAAGGGGUUAAAUUGGGUGUUUUUUUGAGCCCUGACAACAACACGUGUAUCUGCGUCAGUACCUUAAUAAGAUGAGGGUAAGAAUCUGCCGAACCAGUUGUAAGUUUCUGUUUUCCGUAAAGCCAGAGGAGUUCAGAGAAAGUGAAAGUGAAACAGUCGUCGUAUGACUUAGCCUGCCGUGGGCUAAAUAAAUAGCAGAUGACGGUUGAGGGUCGGAGGUAUCGUUUUGUUUGUGCUAGGUUGUUUUCAUGAUGGCCUGGUUUAACUUUAGCCGUCUUUCUCCUGUUUUUGAAUGUUUCCGGAGGACUUUGUAUUUCUUACUUCGCUGGGUUCCUCCAGUUCUUCGUACCUUUGUCACAUAUACCUCAACGGCUAUAGCAUGGCUAAGCGAUCGCGGAAGUACCAGAGAUGGAUUUGAAACUUGCGAAGAUGAUCCAGAAUUUCUCCCAGAUGAGGUCAAAGAGGAGUCUUGCCGUAAGAAUGAGGCUGCGGUCGUGGAGAGGGCCGCAGGUCUGGACCGAGAGCCCGUCUUCGAGGAGGAGGAGGAGGAGGACGACGAGUUUGACAGCGACGAGUACCGAGUAGAGACCACCGAUAAGUUUUACUGCGAGUACGAUUCAAGCUGGGAAACAGAGGAGUCUCAAGGAGGGCCCUACAAGAGCACCUGGGGACCAGGGGCAUCCAAAUCGUUCAAGUUCAGAAAGUUUGAAAAUGCUGCAAAGGACACCUGGAAUUACAGACAUGACUACCCUUCUCAGACAAGCCGGCAACGCUGGGAUGAAGCAGAUGCAAAUCCAAAUCUGGACUUCUAUCUUGGAGAGAAGCCCUCUUUGCCUGAUGGUGUCUACAUCAACACGUUUCAUGAUGAAUGGGCCGGUCAGUAUGAUAAACUGGAGUAUGUACACACCUUCAUUCAGUGGCUGUUCCCACUGCCAGAGCCAGGAAUGAACUACGAGGCCACUCCACUGACAAGAAAAGAAAUUGAUGGUUUUUGUGAAAGCAGCAUUGCAAAAGAAAACCUGUUGAAGUCCUACGAGCUCAUGUUGGACUUCUAUGGUAUUAAGCUGCGUAAUAAGGCAACAGGAGAAGUGGAGAGAGCACCAAACUGGAAGGAGCGGUUUGACAACCUCAACAGACACACUCAUAACAGCUUGCGCAUCACCCGCAUCUUGAAGUGCCUGGGGAUCCUGGGGUUUCCUCACUACCAAUACCCCCUGGUCCGCUUCUUCCUAAAGCAGACCCUGAUCCACGGAGAACUCCCAAACGUCCAGGACAGUGCACUCAGCUACUUCAUGUUUUCUGUCCGCAACAAGAGACAACGCAGGCAUCUCAUCAAGUUUGCCUACAUGAACUAUAACCGUGAAGAUGAGUUUGUUUGGUGCCCGAAGAAGAUUCAGAUGAAGUGGUCGCAUCAUGUGGAGUCAGGGCUUCAAAGGGGAAUGGUUGGAUUGUACGAGUCUGAACAGUAGAGAUGAAGAGAAAAUGAGGUUGCCAAUAAAGGAUCCAUCACUGCGUCCUAAAUCCAAACUCCACACACAAACUUGCUGUUAAACCAGGAACCUCCUUACUGUGAGGGAACAGCACAAACCACACCUAGCCACUGUGAAGCCCCAGUAUCAGGUGAUUCUUGGAAAAUGUUUUGCUCAUUUUUUGUUUGUUUUUCAAAAAUCUAAAAAUGUUCAGUACCACCCUUUGCUUAAAUUUGUAUUAAAACUUAAUAGGUAUGAACAACACUCCCAAAACCCAACUCCUCUUACAUGCUCACCAUCACUUUAGAGUAUUUUAAGUGUUCACUUCUCAGGUGCUAAUGUGUUAUUACCGGAAAGUGCCUAUGUAUUCAGGAUUUAGGACAUGCCAUGUCUUGUGUAUGCAAAAAAAAAAUAUCACACUGACUCUGCAGCCAUGGGAAAUACAGCAUAGAGCUGUUACAGCACAAAAGCGUUCACCUUUAGCUGAAGGAGGUGAUUGAAGGAGUUUAGGCAAGUCUGCAAAAUAAAAGCAGAUAAAAACUUAGCUCUAGAAGAAUGUGAGGCAGUUAAGGAAGUAAAGGAAGGGAGGAUUAUGAGGAAAUAUAUACUGAUGGAGACACACUGAGAUACUGUACUAGUUUUUCCUCUGUGACUUUCAUCAGUGGUUUAGAUACAUUAAUGGUUGUUUCCCACACUAUAUUAAAAAAGCUGUUAUUUUUGCUAUUUUUUUUCUUUAAUAAACAGUUUAGUUUGCUUAUUUCUUUCUUUUCACAAAGAUGAAUGAUGCACUGCUAUAAACAAAUGUCUCUGCCUUAAAAAUGCAGCUUUAAGUCCUUUAGUUUAAUUGAAAAAGAAUGUAAGUUAUUUUGAUGUGGUUUGUAAAUGUGGCAAUUUCUGCUUCGGUAAUUUUAUUAGUUUCUUCCUCUGUAUGUCCUGUUUUAACAUUAAUGCCUUAAAGAACCUGUGAUCUCUUUCUUACUAAUAAAGCA